CAGUGUGAAGGCUUCGGAUAUGGCUUCAAGAUUAGAAAUCAAUUUUGUGAGAUUAUUGUCUCGCUGUGAGUCUAUAGCAUCAGAGAAACGAGGGGAAGCAGAAUGGAGAUUAGAGAAGUAUGUUGGUGCUCUGGAGGAGAUGUUGGUUGCCCUAAGGAAAAGCCCAAGCAAACCUACACCAGAAGUCCUGACUGAAUACACAAGAAAAGUCGAUUUUUUGAAAGGACUUUUAGAGGCUGAAAAACUGUCUUCACCUACAGAAAAGGCCUUAGCUAAUCAAUUCCUUGCCCCUGGGCGAACACCCACCAUAGCCAAUGAGAGGAUGCCUGCCACUAAAACUGUCCACAUGCAGACAAAGGCUCGAUGUACAGGAGAGAUGAGGGAUGAGCUGCUUGGCACAGGAAUAGCUGGCAAAGGCACAUCAGAGACAGAGCUGAGAAACCGAAGAGGUUUUCCUCUGGAUGAGCGUCAGUCUGCUGCAGAGCUGGAGGCCGUCUUGCAACACCACCACAACCUACAGGAGAAACUGGCAGAUGAUAUGCUCAAUUUGGCCAGAAAUUUGAAGAACAACACUCUAGCAGCACAGAACAUCAUCAAACAGGACAACCAGACUCUGAGCCAGUCCAUGCGGCAGGCAGACUUGAACUUUGAGAAGCUGAAGACGGAGUCUGAACGGUUGGAGCAGCAUGCCAAGAAGUCCGUAAACUGGCUGCUGUGGCUCAUGCUCAUCCUGGUCUCCUUCACCUUCAUCAGCAUGAUCCUCUUCAUCAGAAUCUUCCCCAGACUCCGAUGAUGACCGUCUGAUAUUCUGAACUUUUAGUCUCCUCGUCCUCCUGUGACUACAAAGGCCUCAUAGAUCCACAGAUCAGUAGUAAAUGAAACCAAAACAAUGAGUUUGAUUUACUGAAACAGUUGCACUUUUGAAGCUGAAGUUCUUCCUCUAGACAGGACGGUUUAAAAUGGGGUUUGAAACAUCAGUAUUCCUUUUUUUAAACAAGACAGAAGUUGAAUGAAGGUAAAGACCUUGAUUUUUUUUUUUUUUUUUUUUGGUGGCCUUUGGUAGCAACAAAAUCGUCUUAAUUGCUAGACAGCAGUGACUGAGCCUUAAUUAUUCGUAUUCCUCAUCAGGUAGGCUACAAGCCAUACAAUAAAUGUCAAACAUGAUGAUCUUUUGUUAGACAAUGUUCCCACCUAUCUUCUACCCCAGUUCAUGAACAGUUCAUCAUCUAAUACAGAUUAUAUAACCUAUAAAUCAAAACUAUAUCUGGCUUAAAAUGUCAACCAAAAUUAUAAAUAGAAGGAUGCACUAAAUGUUUGCAUUGUUUUGUAACACUUACAUCUGCUAUUUAGCACCUAUUUACAUUAUAAAUGUGUAUAAAACUACACUUUAAUGUAGUUAAGAAACCAUAUGGAUAAUUUUAUGUGUUCAUUAAUGUAAAGACAGAAAUUUAAGUUCUCCUUUGAAGGCAUGUUUAUAUCAUUUCCGAUGAGUGUACGAUGGUUUCAUUUACUAUCUGUGUAUACCACAAUCUCCACUUUUUACUGCCUCAAUUAGGAGCUUAAAUGAUCUAAAAUGCAUUAAUGAACAGUGAAAAGGUUUUUCUUUAAUCUAAUUGUAAAACACUGGCAUUUAUGAAAGGUUUAUAAAGUUUUUUGCAGUGCGAAGUAAUGGAGUUAACACAUAGUUUUAAUGAAAGGAAAUGCACAAAAUAUUCCAAAACAUACAAGCAUCAGACAAUUUACAGUUACACCUUUAACCCUGGUUGAUUAUGUUAGGAGGUCAUCACGCCUUCAGUCCUGUUCUUUGUCAGUUUGUGGCUGAUUCAUGUGAUGAUAUUUUUGAUGAUUUUGUGACUGCUGCGGCUGCUCAUAUUGACAACAUUAAAUGACUGUAACUUCAUACAACCAUUGCCAUAUUAUUUUGAGAGAAGCAGUUGUGUCUGUAAAGUUACAAUAAAGUUGAGAAAAUAUGAAGUUGAGAA